UUAUUGUCGCUGGCUGAACGCAGCUCUCUGAUUGAGGGACUUGACGGACCUUAGAAUCUGUUUCACGCUGAAGAAGUACAGUAUGCUUAUUUGAUGCUUGAUCUGAUGUGUUUACAACGUUUGGAUCCCAGAUGGGACUUCUGUAACUAAUCGUGUGUUGCAAGUCAAUGUAUUAGUCUUAGUUAAUAUUAGCCAAUUUAGUCAGCAAGGUAGUGAACUUAUUGCUGUCGUCAGUGAAACUGCAGCUAACACAGGAAACUCGGCACUCAAAACUCGACAGCUAACUUAUUUCUAAGUAGGGUACUUAAACUGGGCAUCUGUUCUUACCCACGUCUUGGCCCACGCUAGUUGGAUCAAGUAACGUAACCUAGCAAGGUACUGACUAUGGCCUCAAGAGCUGGCCCACGGGCUGCUGGGACAGAUGGAAGUGACUUUCAGCACCGGGAGCGAGUCGCCUCACACUAUCAAAUGAGUGUGGCACUGAAGUCUGAGAUCCGCAAGCUGAACGUUGUCCACGUGAUCAUCUGGUUGCUGGUAAUGGCCCAGGUGACAGUUAGCCAGCUGAACCUGGUCUCGCAUGAUGUGGUAGCCAGCCCGUACCAGUGGGAGUACCCUUACCUGCUUAGCCUCUUCCCCACUAUCUUCAGCUUCAUGGCCAUACCCCGCAACAACAUCAGCUACCUGGUCAUCUCUAUGAUCAGUUCCGGGCUUUUCUGCAUUGCGCCCCUCAUCUACGGCGGCAUGGAGAUGUUCCCGGUGGCCCAGCAGCUCUACCGUCACGGCAAGGCCUACCGCUUCAUCUUCGGUUUCUCAGCCGUGACGGUGAUGUACCUGGUGAUGGUCAUUUCCGUGCAGGUGCACGCGUGGCAGAUCUACUACAGCAAAAAGCUGCUGGAUGCUUGGUUCACCUCUACGCAAGACAAAAAGAAGAAAUAGACAUUUAUGGAUUGGACAGGAUGUGGUCAUUUCUAUCAAUCAAUUAUCCCUCCCAACCCCUAUUUUUUAUGGUUUCAUGAUUGCUUGCUUGUGAGUUUAAAAGUGCUCUGCACUGUAUAACCGAACAAGGUGUUCAGUCUUUGCCCCACUUAAACCCUCUUACUCUAUCAUCUCAUUGCACAGCCUGGGACAUAGAUUAAGAUGCUCCAAUUACAGACUGUCUUCGGUUUUCACCUCUUUGGCUUAAGCGCGACCUGGUUGCCUCUUGAUCUGCUCUUCCCAUUCCUGACAGCUUAACUACUCAGUAUCUGUAAUCUCAGUGUCCUUUUUGAGAAAUGCCUUUAUGUCUCAUCUAGCAGAGAUAUGGUAGGGAUUUUCCUUGGCCAAAUGACAGCUGACGGAGAAGCAGUAAGAGGAGGUGCAGUAAGGAACUCUGUGCGUUCACAUUGCACCCCACCACCAAACACACACACACACACACACACUGUUUUUCCUGUUGCCUCGUGUCUCCAAAUGUUAUUUAAUUGGUAAUAAACUAUGGACUGAAAACA